AUGGCCCCCAUUUCUACCCCAACUCUUAUUCUACCCCGCGAAGAAUGGCCAGAUGCCGACUUCGACCUUCCAGACGACUCACCUCUCCAUGCGCCAUCAGACAAAGAUGACGAUGACGAAGACUGGGAUUUGGAGAUGGAUUUGGAACCCACUGACGGUGCCCUCGUCAUUUUGCAGACCGCCAGUGUGGCGACUAGAUCCGAGGUGUCAUCACCCGUCUCCGAUAUCAAUAUCCGGCCUCCGCUGCGCCUACCCGAUUACGAGGAUGAAGAUGGAGAGGGCGUAUCGACUAUAAAGGCCACCGCCUUUCCUACUGUGUUCUCCAAAGGUGCCACAAAGCCUGCUGUUGAGGCUAUCGACGAGGAUUUUGAACACGACUUCGCAUUACCCACGGACAUCACUCAACUUUCCUUGGCUCCUUUGUCUCUCAGUCAUCGAGCUUCUAAGAACUCUCUCGAAUGGGGCGACAAAGAACAUUCUUCUUCAUCUCAAUCAUCGGAUGCCUACUCUUCUCUCGGCUUCGCCGACGCAUCGCCCUCAUCUAACUCAACUUCAUGCGCAUCGCUCCCAGAUACAGAGACAGAAGAAGACGACGAAGAAGACGACCUCGAAGGACUCGUGCUACCAUCUGCCCUUUUUGAAUCCGGUCAGAGCGCUCGCCAACUCAAGAAAAUCCUGGAGACGAAAAAAAAUGCUCAGCCGAUUCCUAACCCAGUCAACGUUGCCUCUCCGGAUCCUGAGGAUGAUUUUGAGAUGGGGCUCAUCAUAAAUGACGACGUCGAAUUGAGCCCUAGUCGCCUUGUUUCAAGCACUCAAAGUAAUAAAUCGUAUCGCGCAUCUACUCGCAGUAGUAGCAUACCACAACCAAGAACCUCAAGUCUACGACCGCCGUCCAGGCCAAAGUUGGAACGUUCCAAAUCACCUUCAAACCCUCCUACAUCCUCUGUCCGCCAACUGCAGAAAAUUCGCUUAUCUCCCUCUCCUCCCCUUCGACCCCCUUCUCGCUCUCAAAAAUUUCAAACCCUUGUCUCGAAUCUGCCGACACCCGUGCAAUCUCCGUCUCAAAGUCAUAAUAGUCAUAAUUUUUUUUCAGUCAAACCUGGAAGUCUUCGCGGUCAGAAGUCUCAUUCAGGCCUCAAACCACCGUCUCCGCCGUCAACAACUCGGAAACUGACCCGGAAGGCGUCCAUGUCGUCAUUGAUCGAGUCCAGUCACUCUCAAGCACUUAUAACCGACCAAACUGCGAAACCAUCGCGUUAUAAUGAACCUACAGCAGCUUCGCGAGCAAAGACACAUAAGAAUUCUACAAGUAGGAUCCAUGAUUUCAAAGCGUCAUCAUCGCGGCCGUCUACACCCUCAUCCAAUCCAGCGGCCCAGCGGUUGACAAUGCCGACACAGUCGCGCCCUCGUUCUCGACCAGCACUUUCACAAGUAUUCAGUGGAUCUACGACACAAACACCGGAACCGUCUGCUCUGUGCGCAACAUCUCCUCUUCCGCCUCGCCCUCCCUCCAGUUUAUCGUUACGUGAAAGUGUACCACCACGACGCGCGAUGGUUAGCCCAUCUGCCCCAAAACUUCUCCGUCGACCGAAACGUCUUCGUACGUAUGGAGAUGGUACCGAAUUGGAUGGAAUUGAAGAUCUUCCGACUGACCGAGAGAAAGAAGUACGAUAUCGUGUCCAACCGAAAGGUUAUGGAAAUCGAAUACCAGGCGCGACCUUUGGACCAAAAGCUCCAGAAAGAGAUAAGCCUCCUGAUAAACUUCCUGCUACUGGUGUAAAAGAGAAAGGCAGGUCUACUAUUCCUGAUUCUGUAAUCACUACGUUGAAGAAAACGUCUCGCGUACAAUUUCCAACGUCUAUUCCUGUAGCAUCCGAUGUGCUUCCCAAGAAGAAGAAACAAGUUUCUUCACCUUCGAGUCAGACCACCAAGCGUAAACCAACCUUGAUUCGCAAUUUGGGUGGAAGUGCCACUCCGAAAGUUGUCGGGGAUAUGAAGUGGAAUCCACAAACUCUCCGCUGGGAGGGCAAUGAUCAAGUGCUUCGCGAAUUCGACAUGGCUGUUGGAACCUCAACCCGUCCCGCUUUAAUCACACAUCUUUCUGGAACCACAGUGGGGUCGCCUAUGGGUUCCUUUGUCGCUGGUUCCCGAAUAGUCGGCAAUAUGAUAUUUGACCCUACUCGAAUGUGUUGGAUAUCAACAUUGCCUCCUGACGAGGAUGAACCUGAUGUCUUUGCUAAUUUAGCAGACGAUGAAGAAGACAGUGACUCUUGGGAGGCCAAAGGAGGUACAAUACGCGCGAAUGUCCCCCGGACCUCGAAUGCUAGUAACACCUCAGACUCACGGAUAGAGGCGCCGAGUCCCGCGCACAGUCAUUCUAGGACGAUAUCGGAGUCUGGCAGUGAUCGGGGUUCAAGAGCAUCAAUGGUGGUGUGUGAGGUGGAUGAUGCUUUCAUCGAAAGCUGUCGAAGGGCCGAGGAACGUCAUCGAUUUGAAAUGAAGGGUUGGAAAACCACCCUUGCCAAAACAAUCAGACGGGAUACGUCUUUGGCUUUGGAACGGACACAUCUUUUCGAAAUCCGAGAGCUUGCAACUCGCAAGUAUUAA